AUGGCAAAGUCUGCAAAGGGUGCUGGGGCGACGAAACUUAUCGCAGAUGCCACAAGCGCGCCGGGGACAUAUGUAUUUGCAGAAUUGUUGGAAAUGCCAAACAUCCAAGAGUUGGGUACCAAUGAACAACACGCACCAUGGCUAGAAUUAUUAAAGGUGUUCUCUUACCGGACAUGGACCGACUAUAAACGUAUGGCCACAAUCAAGCUCAGUGGAUCCUUGCCUCAGCUCAACCCAGCGCAAGCCACGAAACUGAAACAGUUAUCAAUAGUCUCGUUAGCGGAGCGUAGCAGGGCAAAUAUAUCAUCUGUACGCCAACUUGAAGAUUUAAUUAUAGACGCGAUGUACCAAGAUGUGCUCAAAGGCAAGCUUGACCAAAAAGAAGCACGGAUCGAAAUCGAGUAUACUAUUGGUCGGGACCUGGAACCUGGUGCUGCUGGGCUUCAGGUUCUUCUCAGCAAACUUCGUGAAUGGUCGAACCGAACCUCAACCGUGAUACAGGCGCUAGAUGUUCAGAUCCAGGGGAUCAAAGAUAAUGAAAGGGGCGCUGCUGAUGCAGCCAAGGAAUACGAGGGUGAAAGGGUGGCCAUGGCUACUCAAAUAGCCGAGCAACGCCGCCAGCAACCACGUAAGCAAGUUGUCGAAGACGCUAUGGCUACUGGCGGUGGCGCACCCUCCGGAUCGUCAGCUGACGCCCAGCGCUCAACUAGUACGAGAAAGGGUACAUCCGGAGGAUACACGGUACAAAAUAUUGUAGCACUUGGCCCGCUUAUCUUAGUUGCAUGUAUCUAUCAACUUUAUGGUCUCGUCAUUGCUUGGAUUACCAGAAAAAUAUUUUGGGUACCACGCCGCUUUCACUCUGGUAUCCUGGCUGCUGGAAUUUGGAGCAAUUGGGGCGACCUUCCAACCGCUGUUAUCAUGUCCAUGACUGCCUCGGCCCCAUUCUCUCCUGGAGAUUCGGAUGUUGCCGUUGCAUAUCUCUCUGCCUUUAUUCUCGUCUUUUUCGUUACACUGUUUCCAUUUGGCGGCAGUCGUAUAAUCGAAAAAGAUUUCAUGGAUAAAUCCGCUCCGGUAGAUGCCGAUGAUGAGAUUCCAGAAUCAGCUUCGUCACGCCUUCGUCGUCGAUGGGGUCGGCUUCAGAUAGCAAUCCAAAAUCGGCGCGGAGCUGUUGCUGAUUCAGACAUUGAAGGGUCCCCAGCGAGUGAACAAGAUGAAAAAGUUACGGAGAUUGCGACUCCCAAACCCAAAUUAUCUCGACACGUUUCGUUCAACCCAUCAGAACCCACCGCAUACAAUGGACCUGACGGCGGCCAAUCCACACGUCCUCCAUCCGCACACGUUUCGCCGGCUCCGACUGUCGUCGAAGGUAUCCACAACACCAUGUCGCAAAAUCCAAAAGACUCAACUAGGGUCGUCCCGGUGUCGACGGAGACUGGACUUGCUUCUACGCCCGAAAUCAGAUCGAGUCGAUUCAAACGUGCGCUCCUGUCAACCCGAGCGUUCUUGAAGUCCCUCGCAUCGCCCGCGACGAGCUCCAUGGUCGUGUCUUUCAUAGUUGCUUUGGUUCCACAGCUCAAGGCCUUGUUUAUCGCCCCGCCCGCAGGAUCAAAUAUCCAUAUUCACCAUGCUCCAGAUGGACUGCCCCCUUUGAACAUGAUUAUGGACACUGCAACUUUUAUCGGAAAUGCUAGUGUUCCUUUAGGCUUGAUUUGCCUUGGCAGUGCUCUCGCUAGACUCCAAGUCCCAAAACCGAUCAGUCGGGCACCGUUGGGUGCUAUCACUCUGUUUUCCAUACUCAAGAUGGUGGUUGGUCCCGUGUUUGGGGUGCUUGUUGUCGAGGCUUUGACGCAUCACACAAGCCUCAUCGAUCCCAACGAUAAAGUCCUUCGGUUUGUGUGCAUCUAUUUUGCUGGUGUGCCCACGGCCACAACCCAGGUUUAUCUAACCCAAAUCUACUCCCCUGACGGCUCCGCGUCACACGUCUCCGCUUUCCUCAUCCCUCAAUAUGCCCUGAUGUUCAUCACCAUGACCGCUCUCUCUGCCUAUGCUCUCAAUCUUUUGUUUUAA